CAAUUAAAUUUCUGGGAUUUCUUCUUUUUCUUCUUUUUCUUCUUCCACCUCGUCUUCUUCACCUCACACCCUCAAAGAAAACCUCUAAAACCCAACUCUCUCGACUGAUCGAUCAACAAUUAGUUUACUCCCGAUCAAUCCAAGAGCUUUCCGAUCUCGCCGAUCACAAUUAACAUGGCUUCAAAUGGCGCUUCUCCGAGAGUAGAUGCUACGGAAAACAGCUUGGAAAAGAUCAAGCGGCAAUUGGCAUCUGGCUCCGGUCGGAACUUGCUUCAGGGACCGCUUUUUAAGCGCUCUGAAACUCUGAGAAAAUGGAACGAACGAUGGGUGAUACUUGAUCCAACAACAGGGAAAAUGGAGUACAAGACGAGACGAAAUGAGCCAACUAUCAAGGGAACAAUUCUGUUUGACGAGAAUAGCACAAUCACUAUCUCUCCUGUUAACUUCCAGGGGCUUCCAAAAUAUAAUGGUUGCUGUAUCUAUAUCGGAACCCCACAGAAGAAAGAUUACUUUUUGUGUGCAGAGACUCCUGGUGCAGCUAAAGCUUGGGUCACAACUUUACAUGCGACACAGCUUGUCCUAAAGGCACAUAAAGAGGCUGUUGAUUCUCUAAGCGGAAGUGGUUCUGCUACACUUGGUACAGUUGCAACCGUUGUUGCCGCUGCCAAUUCAACAGCAUUGGAAUGUUCCAAAGAAAUCCAAGCAGCAAUGCAGGUCUCUCUGAGGAAUGCUUUAAAAAUAACAGCAAUUAAACCGGUCGAUGGACCACUAGAUGAUUUGACGAUAAUGAAGGAAACUCUGCGUGUCAAAGAUGAAGAACUACAGAAUUUGUCGCGAGAACUUCGUUCUCGUGACUCAACGAUAAAAGAGUUAGCAGAUAAGCUAUCUGAGACGGCCGAAGCGGCUGUCUCUGCAGCAUCUGCAGCUCAUACAAUGGAUGAACAAAGGAAAAUCGUUUGUGUAGAAUUUGAGCGCUUAUCUAAAGACUCAGAGAGACAGCAAGAAACCGCAAAACUGAAGCUUAAAGAAUUGGAAGACAAGACAUCAACUCUGAGUAAGGAAAAAGAUCAAUUGGUCAAGGAACGAGACUCCGCUCUCCAAGAGGCACACAUGUGGCGGUCUGAGCUCGCAAAAGCCAGAGAGCGUGCCGUCAUACUUGAAGGAGCUGUCGUGAGAGCCGAAGAGAAAGCGAGGGUUGCAGAAGCAAGUGGUGAAGCAAAAGCGAAGGAGGCUGCUCAGAGAGAGGCAACUGCUUGGACAGAGAAGCAAGAGCUUUUAGCAUAUGUGAAUAUGUUACAAAGUCAGCUUCAGAGGCAGCAAGAAGAGACGAAACAAGUGUUUGAGGAGAAGACCGAAUCUACUAACGGCGAAACAUCUCUUCCAAUGACAAAGGAAACAGAAAAAGAUGUGGAUAAAGCAUGUUUAAGCAUUUCAAGAACAGCCUCUAUUCCGGGAGAGAAUAUAGUCCAUAUGAGUGAAGAUCAGGUAGUAAACGCUCAGCCUCCGGUUGGUGAAAACGAAUGGAAUGAUAUUCAGGCAACAGAGGCAAGAGUUUCUGAUGUAAGAGAAAUAUCUGCUGAGAGUGAACGGGACAGAAGUAACAGCUUGGAUAUCACUGUAGUGACUCCUGAAUCUAAUGUUCCACGCAAUGAUCUGCCUCCUGAGUCUUUUCAUCAUCAGCCUUGAUGAUUAAUUGGUAGACCUUCGUACAUUUUUUUAUAAUCCUUGAGAUUUUCGUAAUGUUUGGAGAGUUGAUUGUUCUAACAAACAAGAAAAGAGUUACCUUUUUUGUUUUCUCGUGCCUCAAGAGUUGUCUAUAUGUAUCAGCAACUCUUGACUGUUGAGUUUCUGUCUGACUAGGGAAGGAUUCUUUUUCCUCCUUUAUUACAACAUGAUAAACAAAGAGAUGUGUUUAAAGUUUUAAAUUGUGGGAUGAUGUUAUGUUUCUGUAUUAAUCUAAAAACCA